AUGAGCCACUAUCCAUCAAAAUAUUCGCACGAUCAAAAUACUGCAUGUAUAUUUUCCGUUAAAAUACCAUACCUUAAAACGCAACGAUAUUAUUUUACAAAUAUUAUUAAUGGAAGUUUUCCGCAAUAG